AUGAGCGACGCUAUGGAGCCGUUUGUUGUAAAGCACACGUUCUCUGCGUCACCCACAGCGACGACGUCAUCAAAUGAUGACGCGUCAGAGCAUGAUGUCCUGCUACGUGACGACACAAACCGUCGGGGAUUGCACAAGAAGCAACACACGCGAUCGACCUUUGACUGGCUGCUGGGCGUCGCAUUCCUCAUGAUUGUGGCACUCAUUUGGACGUUUGCAAGCGUCUUAGUGCAAUACAUUUUCCACAAUUUGAGCUUUCAGGGCCCAUUCUUUCUUACAUAUGUCGGUAUCUCUCUCUUUUCGGUGAAUUUACCGCUCUGGUACGCGUCGCAGGUUCUGAUUCCAAAAGCCAAGGCGUGGUAUCGAGGUUUACCAACGAAUGGCAAGCUCAGUCAUCGAGAAUUGCUACAACGCUCAAGUACACAGGCAAGUUAUCGUCAGAUCUUCCGCAUUAGUGCCAUCAUCUCGCCUCUCUGGUUCAUUGCCAACUUUGCGUACAACGAGAGUCUGAACCUCACGAGCGUGUCCAGUAGCACGAUUGUGAGCUCCACGUCGACGGUGUUCACGUUCCUUCUAAGUGUCGUAGCACUUGAGGAAUCUUUUGUCUGGAUGAAGUUAGCAGGUGUAAUUUUCUGUAUGGCCGGUAACAUUUCGACGAUUUUUAAUGACGGAGGAACGGACGGUGGUGGCACAACGGACCAUGUACUUGGAGACGUCGUGGCGCUUUUUGCUGCCUUUAUGUAUGCCGUCUACACGACUACAAUCCGUCAACUGAUUCCAGAUGAUGAAAGCGUAAGCAUUUCGCUAUUUUUUGGGAUCAUUGGGAUUAUCAACAUGGUCUGUUUGCUACCAUUUGUCUUGGCAUUUCACUACUCUAGCAUUGAAUCACUUAGUGAUUUAUCGCUCGAGAUUGUGCUUCUCAUUGGUGUAAAGGGUCUGUUUGACAAUGUGCUGUCGGACUACCUCUGGGCACGUGCCGUGCUGCUUACGUCGCCUACUGUGGCCACCGUUGGACUGUCAUUGACCGUUCCAAUGGCAAUUGUCGCUGACUUUUGGUGCCACAAUAUGUUGCCAACGAACGUGACACUUGUCGCCUCGGCGCUUGUCAUCUUUGGAUUUAUACUGAUUAACGUUGGUACAAAGCAGAACCUGCAGGAAUCGUAUCUUCAGCGCUCUACGGACCGUUUCGACAAAGUUCCUGACUCUCGCUUACAUCGUAACAGUGCUAGUGCAUGUGACGUGUAA